CACGAAUAGAUAAGCUUCUGGAAAAACAUGAAGGGAAAACUCAUGCUUAGAUUAACAUUUAAUUAUCAAUAUAAGUGUAUGACUGCAUCAUUGCGAUAACCGGUGAAAAACAGUAUAAAUAUUGAGCUGGAACUAAAGCUUUCACACAACAAUCGACACUUUCCGUUUGAUAGACACAGUUCAGCGCAACUUACCAGAUUUCCACCAUGAAGGUCCUAUUCUACGCAACCUUGGUAUUGGCUGCCAUUGCACUAGUCUUACACACGGCAAACGCAUGUUUAUCUGACGGAGAGAAGUGCGUUUACGACCCAUCUGGACAAACAUUCGAUGAUUGUUGCUCAGGUUUUUGCUACCAACAAGUAGGAUGGACGGAAGGUUCCGUCUUGUCGAUAUAUCUACAGUAUUGGAUGCUAUUCGCAGUAUCAAGUCCACUUCUAGUGGUAUUGAUGGCAUUACCAUUGAGAUGAUUAAAUUGUGUCUACCUGCUGCAGGAAUAUAUAUUUUGUACUUAAUAAAUUGUUGUUUAGAG